AUGGAGGAGGAGACCCAGGCCAUGCUCCGUGAAGCAACUGCGGCUAUCAGAGAGCAACCCUCUGAAGAAGAGGGAUUCGGAGCGCUCAUCGCAGCCAAGCUCAAAAAUCUAGAGCGGGGCCAGCGUGUGCGCUGCGAAUACCUUAUCUUCAAGGCCAUAAGCAUGGCCUCACUGGGAGCCUGCUCUGGCUCCUGCCACAACCUUGGCUCCAGAAACCCAGCCCCCGAGGACUCAGACUGCAGGUGGUUGAAAGCGAAAACAAAAUUCAAGAUGGAAGCCAACAAUACCAAUAUGGUUAUCAGAAUGCUUGUCUUGAUGGUUCUAAUCGCAUUGGCAAGCGGCCGUCCGCACAGGAAGCUGUGUCCGGUGUCCCGUUACUUAUCUGAUCUGUCUUCUGCUGAUAUGACAGUUCUCAAGAAGCUACAACAUCACCAUGUAAGUAUGACAACUAUCUGGCCAAGUGACAGUCUGAUUGUGACCCUGGAACAAGUCUCACUGGCCGUUGAUGUACUAAGUGACAUGUCCAACUAUGCUGUCUCUGACCCUAAAACUCAAGCUCUUAUGAUUUUCCUUAAAAUGAAGGAUGAUCUGACGAUUUGUAGAGAGUCUGUGGAAUAUAAUGAGCCUGCCUCUUCACAUCUGAAGCCCUGGCUUCACCAUCUCCAGCAUUUUCAGGAAUCGGCAUCUUCUGAUUGCGUCCAAGAUGCCGUAAUGCUGAAUCUCAUUCCACUGAGAGAAGACGUGAAAUGUUGGGCUCUCAGCCAAUAAUAACAUACAAAGAAUGAACUGAACCUGUUACAGACGUAUGACGAAACAUUAUUACUUCAAUCGAUCCAAGUCACUAAGAUGUGUCAAUUCUAUCGGCCGUAAAUGAAAUGUAAGCAAGAAUUACUCGCCUUCAUCACCCAUUGAUGGUCAAGCUUAUUCAUCUGGACAAAAAAACAAUUCUUAAUUGCCAGCUCAUGGUGGACUCAACCAGUGACCAAUGACAGCCCUGGCUAUUAAAUCAAGAGAUGGCUAUGGUUCUUCAACUAUGUCUUUGAGGGAUAUGCAUUGAUCUUGUCAAGAAAGAGAGAUUCAUUUAUCACUGAUUGUAGACCGGUUUGGUCCUCUCUCCAAAGUUUUCUGCCUUUGACGACUGAUGGUCAAUUGUAUGGCCUUUAUUUACCAAGGCACAAACCGUAUGCAAAGAAAAAAAAAAUUCUUGCUUGGAAAGAGUAGAGAAUGGUUAGAACCAAUGUCAAGGUUUUAUUGGUAAGAAACAAAAAUGGCCAUGAGUGGUCUUUACCUCUUGGCGUGUUAUUGGCCUUUUUUUUUUUAAUUCUUGGAUUAUAAACACUGGCCAUUCAUUCUCCUGAAGGUGUGUAAAGGUAUGGUUCAGGAUGGAUUUUUGUUCAGUUUUUUUUUUUUUGUCUGUGUCCCUUCUGUGAGGUUCCCUCCUCUCUGUUUCCCCUGGUGAUCCAUGUUAUCAAGAAUGUAACUGAUGGAUUAUUCAAAAUUCUGAGCUUUCAUCAGAUCAGGCAUGGAAUAAUCUUCCAAUAGAGACGACUCAUGCCGCGUACACACGAUCAUUUUUCGGUAUGAAAAAAAUACGAAGUUUUUCAGCAUGUAGA